CUCACAUGAGUUCACCUUACCGUUGUGUAUUUACACAUAGUUGCAAGUAGCGGGCACAAUUGAUGCUUCCACGGCUGAGCUGUCAACUUUGAAAGGUCGAACCUGUAGCGCCGCUGCGAACCAGCGCCCUAACUCUCAGACAGAGCUGCUUUUAGUAUGCAUGAGCUGCUGGCUAGCACUUUGGUCUUUGCGUGCGUGAUACCGAAAACCUCGGAGCCAGCUUGAACGUCGCCCGUCGCUGAAUUGGCCAUGAACACCGGCGAUGAGCGCUGCCCGGUGGCGGAGCGUAGCUGGCAUAGCAUGGAGGAUGAAGAUAUUACGCGCACGGGCAGCCGGGCGUGCUCCCAGGAGGCGCCGCGCCGUCUCACUGGCGAAGACGUGGCACUGACGCUCCCGAUCCCCACCUCGGGGCUCCUCACGAGCCCGACAAAGGGUGCGCGCACAAGCUUGGUCGUCUCUUCUUCAGGACCCACGCCUUCUAUAGUGGAAUCGCGCUUCAGCCUGGCAGCUCUGCUUACGGGCGGCAGCUGCUGCAGCAACACCCAGGCCGGCACUCCUGUGCCUUCAGCUGCGCCACCGGCUGCAUCCGCUGAGACAGGCCAGACCACAGCCACAGGCGACGUCACCGGGGAAGCGCUGCACAAUGACAGUGCCGCAACUCCUGACAGCUCCCAGGUCCGACGCGCCUCAGCACAGCCGCCGCUGCCAGCACAGCCGCCGCCAUUGCCGCUGCCUCCAGCCGCCCUGCAGGCCACAACCAGCGUCCAUUCGUGGCCGCUGCCGCGUCAGGCGUCCACAGACGUGGGCUACAUUGCCCCAUCGGCGGAGCCGAGCUGCGCUGGCACGGUUGAAGCAAACUCGCCAUCACAUUUGACUGCUUUCGACGAGCCCUUGCUCGAGGAGGGGCCAACGGUUGACGAUGAGGAUUUCUGCAGUGCAGCUUGCAGCGCCAGAUUCAGGGCUUCGGAGCAGGCGGGGACUGCGGGCGAUGACGGAAGCGGGGCUGGGGCGGUGCAAUGCGAUGGCGCUGUGGAGGGAUCCAGCGCCGCACUGCUGGAGGUCCUGGGCGCGGGUCCGGUGGCGUCGGCUGUGGCGGCCGCACCCGACGCUGUGACCGACAGCAAUGAGGCUGUCUUGGUGCCUGAGCCGGCGGACGGUGCAGAGCUGGAGGGAGAGACGGAGCUGCAGGGGGUUGUGGGCGCUGCGCACGAGGACGGAAAGUUGGGCGAGGAGGCGCACGAUGUCACGUGCGACGGCGACGCUGCAGAUCACUCACCAGCUGCUUCAACAGCAGCUGCCGGUGACGAUGGUGACGCAGUCAGCAUCGUGCAAAGCCUUGCAGCUAGCGCGGCGCCCGCUGCGUCCACAGCGCCUCCUACGGCCACCAGCAGCCUGCAGACACAGCCGACUGCCGCUGCCCCAGUAGUCGGCACUACGCAGGGCCAAUGGGAGCAGCCCUCAGCACCCCCAGCCGCCGUGUCUACGGGCGCCUCGCCGCAGCUGUCACCCCAGGCCACCAGCACCUCCCAGGCGCUGGCGGCUGCGCUGUCACCCAGGGCGGGCCCUGGCGGUGGUCUGGAUCUGGAUGAGGAGGAGCGGGUGGUGGAGGCAGCUGCGGCGGUGUUGAACCUGUCACUGCCGCUGCGCACCGGCGCCACCAAGCGCAAAGCCUGCCCCGCGUCCCCGGCCGGCUCAGCCAGGCUGCAGCAGCAACGGGUGCUGUCGUCGCCGGUGGGCUCGCAUGCGGAGCGUGGCGUGGCGCAGGUGCAGGUGAUGCCGCAACCCCAGCCGCAGCCAGCGCCACGCGAGGAAGAGCUGGAGCAGGUGGCGCCGGUAGGGCAGCAGCAGCGGCCUUCGGCAACGGAGUUGGAGGACGACUCAGACGCCGCGUUCUUGGCUUUGGAGGCUGCUGCAGCCGCGGUGGCUGCACCAACGGCGACGGUGGCGGCCUCAACGCCACCGACCAAGCCCGUGCCUUACUCGCCGCUGCGUGACUCUCAGCCCGCGCUCUUCCUGCGCCAGUCGCAAUCGCAGCACGCGGGGCACCACGGCCUCAGGCACUCCGCGCAGCACCAGCAGCUGCAGGCGGCGCUGUCGCCGCAGCCGCCGGGCUCGGCCUGGCGGCCGCUGGCGCCGCAGGAGCAGGAGGUGAUGGACACGCUGCAGCAGCUGCCAGCUGUCAUCGGCAGCCUGAGCGAGGAGUACCAGCGCUACAUCCGGGAGCGCGCGCUGGAGCUCACUCGCAUCAUCGACGAGAAUCUGCAGCGGCAGGGCUGUGGCGGUGUCACCGCCGCCAGUGGCGGUGCUGGCGCAAGCGCGACCGCGGCGCUGGGCACAGCGGACGAUGCGGGCGCCGCUGCUGUUACAGGCAGCAGCCCCAUGUCUCGUUGGACCAGUGGCGCGGGCGGCGGCGUGGGGCUGGCGGCGAUGCCGGGCGCGACGCCGUCCAAGGAGGCCACUGCGGCGGCGGCGCUGCUGCUGACGGUCGCUGUCAACAAGACGCGCUGGCCUUACGGCUCAAUGGGCGGCGCCGGCGGCUGCGCAAGCUGCGGCGGCGCGCCACAGAUGACGCCGCCACAUGCCGUCAAGACUGCUGGGCUGGACUUUGGCGGUGAGGGCGCCGCCGGCGACGGCGCGCGGCGGCCCUUCCUCAGCCCCGAAAUGGACAUCGUGACGCCGCUGGUGCUCCGGCCGCUGAGCCACGAGCAGGGCGCGGCUGCUGCUGGCGGCGCUGGCGAGGCCCGCUCCUCAGACCUGCAGCGUAGCGCUCAGGCAGGGCCGGCGUCGGCUGCGCUGCCUGCGGCGUCGUACAGCAUGUGCAUGGGCUCGGCGCUCACCAACAGCCGGGUCGCGGAGCCGGGCGCGGGCCACAGCCCGGAGCUGACCAGCGGGGCCUUCUCCAUUCGCGGCGUCGGUGCGGCACCGGCUGAUGUAGGCGGCGGUGCUGGCGCAUUGCCCAGCAACGGCACGGGCAUGCUAGAGCGGAAUUGCUCUGGCCGUGAGCGGACGCCGGUAUCCCACCCGCCAGCCGCUGCAGUCGCAGGAGCAGGAGCCGCGGGCGGCGAGGCCGUUGGCGGCUCUGCUUGCGGCAGCACGGCUGUCAGCAACAGCAAGCCGCAGCACGCGCCCGCCGGCCAGCAGCCCCACCAACAGCAGUACUCCAUCCUGCAGAAGCUGCAGCCACACAUGGCCAAGCUCCAGCAGCAGCAGCAACGGCAGCAGCAGCUGCAAGCGAAGGCGCCGCCGCGCGGCCUGGGCAGCGGCCUGGGCGCCGGCCACGGCCGCGGCACGGGCGGUGGCGCAGGUGGCAAGUACGCCGCGCCUACUGUGAAGGCGACCGCUGCCGGCAAGCAGGCGCACCAGAUUCCGCAGUUCAAAGGCCUGGGUCUGGAGCUCGGCAGCCUGCCUUACCUGGACACCGGGAGCGUCGCCGCGCUUGCGCCAAAGAGCGCCCGAGCCCACAACAACGGCACCAACCGCGCCGGCGCCGGCGAUCUCUCGGCCAGGGUGCUGCAGCCGCCGCUCUCCGCUCGAUCCAGGGCUGGGCCCAACACCAACAAGCCCGGUUACGCUGUGGUGGCUGCUGCAGCUCAUCGGGCGGAUAACCUGUCAGAGAUGGAACAGAAGCGGCGUCGCAUCCUCGCCGCUGCCUCAGCCAAGGCACGGCAGCCGCCGGCAGCGGGCGCCGCCAAGGCCGCAGGUGGCACCGGCUCAGACGGCGCCCCGCUGUCACACCGCUCGCGCCCAACGGGGUAUGCCGCCGCCGCGGCCGCCGGCCUCAGCACCUACCAGCAACUGCUGCGUCGCGUCAGCGGUGGCGGCGGCGGUGGUGCUGGUGCUGCCCCUGCUCAGCCAGCCCAUCAGACCCAGCAGCACACCGGGUCCUCGGCUGUGCCCGCCGCGGGGGAAAUGCGGGCGGGCGGCAGCAGCAAGGCCAGCGCCAAUGGCAAGGCUGGGCCCGCCGAUGUCGAGGCGGCACACGUGGAGGAGCUACUGCAUGGGCUGGUACGGGGCAGCUACCCGGGCAAGCUGGGGGAUGCGCCCUACGCCGUGGUUCACGCCUACCCUAUCAUGGCGGCGCCGCCGCCGCUGGAGCGGCGGGCGGAUGCGCCGGAGGCACCGCCGGCGUCUGGCGGUGGCGCGCCGGGCGCCGCAGAGCCCGCGCCGCUGCACACCGCUUUCAAGCUGCAGGACCUGCUGCCUGGCCUGGGCGCUGUCCGUGCGAGCGCAACUGCCCCGCAGCCUCCGCCAGUCACACAGGCGCCGCCGCAGCAGCCACUGCAGCUGCAGGCGCCGGCACAGGCGCGGCUAGAGCCUGAGCAGGCAACCUUGCAAAGCGGUUCGCCUGAGGGUCCUGUGAUGGCCCCAGCGUUCUCAGUCGCCGCGGUGGUGGGUGACGGACACCACGAGCCUGCCACCGGCUUCGUGAUCGUCAGUCGCAGGGCAACGCGGGAGCUUCUGCCUGAUGCGAUGGACGCGGCCAGUGCCGGUGCGGGGCGCAGUGUCGGCGGCAGCGAGAGCAACGCCGACACCCAGCAGCCACCGGUUGCCUCGCAGCUCGACCUGCGCAGCCUGCUGCCGCCGCCGGCCUGGCAGCGCGCCUCCCGCGCGACCACACCGGAGCGCCUGCAUCCGCAGCCGCUGCAAGGGCCUGAGCAUGACGCCGAGGCGGCUCAGCAACAGCAACAGCAGCAGGCCGCAGGCCAGGCUAUUCCGGCGUCCAUGACAGGGCGCUCGGUGUUUGCCGGCGCCGGUGGCGCGAACGCCGCGAACUUGGCGGCGUCGGGUCGGCGUUGGCAGUUGGAUGCCGACCGCUGCGACGCCGACCCGCUCAUUGUACCGGACAAGGAGCAGAUCCAGCACAGCUCGCCAGUGCGGCCCCGCUACACGUCAGCGGCCGACUCGCACGCCUCGCCGCUGACGUGCGGCCAGCAGCAGCACCAGGCAGGCCUUUGCGCGCAGAUGCAGCAGCCCGGACCGGCAGGAGCGCGCGGCGUGGGCGGUCAGCUGCUAGUCAAGCCACCGGCGUCAACACAGCAGCAACAACAGCAGCAGCAGCCCGGAGGCAUUGCCAAGCAGGCCGGCCGGCCCGCGCGAGGCCACUCGGCCGGCCCGCGCCCGUGGGGCGCCGGCAACGGCGGUGCCAAGCGCACAGGCUCGGCGGCUGCUACCAAGGCCGGCGCCGGCGCCGCUGGCAAGGCCGCGCGCUCGCGGUCGGCACCGCGCGCGCACCCAGGGGCUGUCUCGCAGGUGCAGCCGGUGGCACGUCAGCAGCAAGCGCCUGGCACGCCGUGCAGGGCGCCAUCCUCGCCGCCGCCGCCCAUGCAGUCCUGCACGCCGGCGCACCUGCAGCGCUGCUCAGCCGCGGUGGACUACGCUGGCUCGCCCUGCCACCCCAUGCCGACGGCGGCGGCAGUGGUGUCCACCGGUCAUGCCUCGCCACCACUUCUUAACCACGUGGACGGCUUGGGCGGCGGCCUGGCCGGCGCGGUGGGCAGCAGCCCGCGCACGCCCACCAACCGCCGGCUGCACGUGACUAGUCCGGAGGACAUGCCUCUGUCCGCAGCCGCCCAGCACAUUCAGGCGCGCCUGGCGGCGGCAGACGCCGCCGGCCGCAGCACCGGCGGCGGCAGCGGCUCGGUGCUGAUAGUGACCGCCGGCUCCACGGUCGCGCCGCCGCCGCAGGCAGUGCCGCCGCCGCCCGCUGCCGUGGUGGCGUCGUCGCUGAUGGGCGCCGCCUCGUACCGCGCCGCCGGCGCGCUGCCGCACAAGCCCCGCUCCACGCCCGCUGCAAUCACGCCGCAGCAGCUGCGCGGUGGCGCCUGCACAGCGGCGGCGGCGGGCGCAGUCGCGGGCGGCCGUGCCAAUUUCACAGGGUUUAACUCCUCCACCACGACCGCGCCCGGUCUUGCCGCCGCGGCAGCCGCCAUGUCGCCGCCGGUAUGGCGGCCAGCCGCCAGCGCGGUCGCCACUGCGGCGGCUGUAUUCCGCGCGACAGGCUCUCCAGGUGCCGAGGAGUGCGUGUCGCCUGGCGGCCAACGCCGCGACGCAUCACCGUCGCCACGUGGGCUGGGGCACGACGCGACACCCAACAUCCUCAGCCCGCCACGCAACUACGACAGGCCGUGGGCGGCCGGCAUGGCAGGCACGGGCACGCCCCCGCGCGAGCCGGCUGCUGUGGCGGCCUCGCCCGCAGCAGCCACACAGCACCGACUGCAUCACGGCCACCACACGCCCACCAAGGCACGGGGUCCGGCAGCGGCCACGUCAGCGCCUCCUCCGGCCGCUCAGCAUGUGGCGGCCACCGGCAGCCGUCUGCAACAUGUGUCCGGUCGCGCCUCAAGCGUCGCCGAUGCUAAUGCUCCGGAGUCGCUGCGCACAUCAGCAGCGGAGCCGGAUUACGCUCGGCUCGGGGCCAUGGUGUCGCCUUCGUCAAGCAUCCAGCAGUCGGUCAAGUUGGCCGCGGCUGCGCAGCAGCACGACCACCAACAACAACAGCAAGCGACGGGCGCCGCCAAGGCGGCGAGCGGCCGUGCCGUGCUGUCACCGUGGCUGAGCAAGGACAGCACUACGUCCCUGCGCGCAAGCGGCGCCACGUCAGCCGCCGCCGCCGCUGUCAGCGCCGGCGCCGUACAGGCGGACGGCCCUACCAGUCGGGCGGCGGCUGCCGCCGGCGUGGCGUCCGCGUGUGCCGGAGGCUCAUACACCAACAAAAUGCUGGCUCGCCAGAUCGCCUCCCAGCAACGGGCGUCGGAAUAUUCAAGUGGGCGAGGUGGGUUCGUAGGCACCGCCCUCGCGGCCCACCCGAGCGGCCCGGCUCCGGAUCUGCCAGAGGGCGUGGAGGACCUGGCGGAGGCGGGCCAGGAGGGCGCGGAUGAAGGGAGGGACAUGGAUGAGGCAGCGCUGGAGGAAGAGGAGCGGCGACUGACACUGGAGGUGGGCCUGCUGCCGCCGCCCUUGCCGACCGCGGCUCCAGCGGUUCCGAUGGUCGUCGGCGUUCGUGAAGCGCGCAACCGCAAUGGCAGCCGGAGCGCUGUCGCGGCGAGUGCCCCGCGAGCUUCUGCGGCUGCGUCGUGGCGCGGCGGCGCCAGCGGCCUGGGGUCCCUGGCGGCGAGCCUUGCUGCGGGAAGCGCGGCAAGCGACGGGCGCGUGCGGGCGCUGCUGGCACAGGCGGCGUGGCCCGGCCUGCAACAGCCGUUGGUAGAGGACGCGCUGGUAACACUGGCGACUGGCAUUGCGGUCCUGGACCCGUUUGCGUCUACCAACAGGGUAACAAGUGGCGCGGAGCAGCAGCGGGCCGCGGAUGGCGCCGGCGGCGGCUGCAGCCCAACCGCCAUCCCUAUGGGCUGCUUUGCCAUCUUCCGCCGCGGUCACCACGGCGCCGGCCGCAGUUCCGCUGCUGCAGCUGCCAAAGCCCUGCCGCCUACGGUGGCCUCUGCAGCUGCGCCGACGUCCGCCCAACCAGUGCUGCUGCGGGUGCAGGUGGGCGAAGACGGAGCCGUGCAGCUGGCGAUCAUGCGGCCGCGCCGCUCAGCCGCCCCCGGCGCAGGAUUCGGCGCCGGCACGCCCGCGGAGCAGCGCGUGCGGGUGGCUGCACUCACUGGUAUGCAGCCCUCCCUCCCGGUCACGCCGCAAGCGCUGUCGCCCCUCCUCAGCGCCAGCGCCAGCAGCAGUGCGUCCUUGUCGUCCACACCGGGAACGGCUGCAGGAGCCGCAGCGGCGGCAACUGCAGGUGCUGCAGCCGCGGCCGCGGCCGAUGACGCAGACCCCGCCUCCCGCUGGCUGCAGCUGGUGUGUACGGACGGCGGGCUGCUGCGGCUUAGCGCCUGCAGCCCUGCCGACCAUGCCCGGCUGGUGCUGGGCCUGAACGCAGCCAUGGCGCUGGUGGGCGGUGUGGCGGCGGCGGAUGCGCCGCUAGAGGAGGUGGCGCUGCGAGGGCUCGGCGCAGCGGCGCAGGUGCCGUCGACAGCUGCAUCGUGAGGUGGUAGUUGGUAGGAAUGCGAGUGGUUGAUGGCUGUGUGUGUAUUGUGGUGGAAGACUGGAAGAGAAUUGGGUGAAGCGUGUGGGAUGCAUACGCUACGGCGGGCACACGUACGGUACGCGUGGGGCAGCAGGCCUCCUUACAUUGAACACGAGCGGUUGAUAACAGCCAACCCUCACCAGCGGACGGUCACUGUCCAGCCGACCUACCGGGGGCAUCCGAGGCUCUCUUACACUUGCCACCUUCCCGCACGAAGCGUGUGCUGACUACGCAUGCGACUGCCGUCUGCAUGCUUGGACGACAUACGAAUGAUACGAUACGACAUGAAGGGGAGAAACACGUCACUUAAUAAGUUGCCAGGGCUUGAACGACAUCACGCCUGAAGGCUAACAGUACGUUAUUUGCACGCAAACGUGCAGGAGCGGCGUGCUGUGAAUCAGGCACAUCGCGGCAUGAGUGCAUGUACGAAACCUGAAAUGCAUAUACGGUACUUGUAAAGCACAACCUUA